CGCUCGAAAAUCGGUCGCAUAAGUCAACAUCGCGCCGCCAUCGCAUCGGCAAGGUCAGUCAAGAUGUUCCGCCUCAUCAAUCGUCUCCUUGGCCGCCAUGAGAACACACUGCCGCCCUUUGACUUUGCGCGCAACAAAUACCACGUCAAGAAGAAAUGGCCGCCAAACCUCCGCGCCCUGACGGAAAAGCAGCAAUUCCGAUUCGAGCGCAAAUUUAAGCGGCGCAUCAAGUUGAAGUCUGAGCGGCCAUUGUGGAACAAAUGGACCAAAGUGGUGCAGUGGAGUCUGAUCAGCUUCAUCGUCGUUUACGGCGUCUUGUUCCACGACUUCAGAAAGGACCCGAUGAACCCAAGGCCAGGAGAACAACCAUUUGAGGGCUUAAGACAAAGAAUGUGGGGGCUUUUGGGGGGUUUCUAUACACAUACCGAAGACACUAUGAAGGGCGCGGGAGGAGAAAGGGGUGCCCGAAGGCUGGUAUUUCCACAGGAGGAGAAGCGGGAGGGGGUGGCACCAGCGAACGUGCAGAAAUAGGUGUUGAUGGGGGGCGCUGUAGUAAAAAUUAUCAGCGCGCAAAAAGAUGAAAAUACAGUAAAGAAGCCCAAUUGGUGUUCAAGACUUCAAAUACAACUUGUGCUCUACGAGUUUGUAAACAAGGAAGACGUACUGGAAGGGCAUAUUGAGGGAGCGGUCCCCCAGGCGGUUCCAUGGUAUUCUUAGGUCGCUGCAAUCUCGUCUAGCCAGAGUCAGACGUUUCGCCGAUUGUUCUUCACAGCCACCGACUAGCACUUACGUCCCAAAUCAUGUAACGCUGAUCGCGAUACUGCUUGUAC